CGAUCAACAAACAACCGCCAAGCAAUGUCCAACAAAACCUGUUGUCGGGGACCUGGUUACGCAACCCCACUGGAUGCCAUGAAAAAUGGUCCUCGCGAGAAACUCCUCUAUACGGUGACCGUUCAGCCCAACCUGGAUGAACCACACGGAGAUUACCUGUCAACAGUGGAUGUGGAUCCCGAGAGCCCCACCUACUGCCAGAUAGUUCACCGCACCUUUACGAACCGAAAAGGUGAUGAACUGCAUCACUCUGGCUGGAAUGCCUGCUCCAGUUGCUACUAUGUGGAUGAGAAUUCCAAAACCGUUCCCAAAAGAGAUAAGCUGGUAUUGCCGGCCUUGAACUCCGACUUUGUGUAUAUACUCGAUGUGGUUAAAGAUCCCCGAAAACCAGAGAUAAUCAAGACCAUCGAUGGCGAUGUGUUGAAGAAGCACAACGUCACGGGUCCCCAUACAACCCACUGUUUGGCCAAUGGAAACAUCAUGAUUUCCGUAAUGGGCGAUGCAGAAGGAUAUGCUAAAGGAGACUUUAUCCUAUUCGAUUCGGAAUUUAACUGCAUUGGAACCUGGACUAAAGGCGAAAAGAAGGCAUUGUGUGGCUACGAUUUCUGGUAUCAGCCAUAUUUCGAUGUGAUGGUUUCUUCCGAAUGGGGAGCUCCGAAUAAAUGGAGGCGUGGCUGGAAGAACGGUGAUCUUGAUGACAUGACCCAGUACGGUUGUCGGCUAAACUUCUACAAAUGGUCUACUCAGACUCUCUAUCAAACCAUCGAUCUGGGAGAGGAUGGCAUAACUCCUCUGGAGAUUCGUUUUCUGCACGAUCCCAAGCGACCCGAAGGAUUUGUCGGUUGUGCUCUUAAUGCAAAGGUGUUCUACUUCAAGAAGAAGUCAGACUCCGAUGAGUUCGAGGCCAAGAAGGUGAUAGAUAUUCCCGAAAAACUAGUUGAUACCGGUAGUGGAGACUUGGAAAAGAUGGGUGGAAUGAUCUCCGAUAUUAUAAUUUCUCUGGACGAUCGAUUCCUUUAUGUCAACUGCUGGCGACAUGGAGAUGUGAGGCAAUAUGACAUUACCGAUCCCGAGAAUCCCAAGCUCACUGGUCAGCUCUUCCUAGGAGGUGCAAUUUGCAGUGAUUUACCGAACGUGAUUGUCAAGGAGGAUAGGGAACUGAAGGAAAGACCCCCAGCUCGUUAUGUAAAAGGUCGUCGAUUGGAAGGAGGUCCCCAAAUGAUGCAGUUAUCAUUGGAUGGCAAGCGUUUAUAUGUCUCAUCAUCAUUGUAUUCCCCUUGGGAUAAACAGUUCUAUCCUAAAAUGGUUUCGCAAGGCGGUCAUAUUGUUUUAAUAGAUGUGGAUACCGUAAAUGGAGGCAUAUCCCUCAAUGAGGACUUCUUGGUGGACUUUGGCAAGGAGCCCUAUGGACCUAGUUUGCCCCAUGAAAUGCGUUAUCCUGGCGGUGAUUGCACUUCUGACAUUUGGCUAGCCAAUGAUGCCUAAGUCAGACUUUCGCGGUAUCUUUUUAAAAAGUCAUAAUUGUUAUACCCAUGUAGUGAUGACCUUAAAAAAUCUUUAAUAAAGUCAUUCUUAUAACUAAAUCAAA